AAAAGCCAAAAGAUCACCAGCACCGCCACCACUCGAACUUUCGCAACUGAUCUGGAAGGUGCUUGUAGGUCGUUGGUGUGACUAUGCCUUUGUCUGAGGUUAACGCUAUUAACCUGCUAAACGCACUGAAUAUCAAGGAUGCGGACAAGGAAAAUAAGACUCCUGGAGCAGUCAUCAAGGGAGAGAAGCCGAAGACGGAACGGCAGGACUUGACGCAAGAUGAACCCCUCCUCCGUGAUAACCCGAGACGGUUUGUGGUGUUCCCAAUCGAGUACCCGGACAUCUGGAGGAUGUACAAAAAGGCGGAGGCGUCAUUCUGGACUGCCGAAGAAGUGGACCUUGGGAAGGACCUGCCUCACUGGAACAGUCUGAAGCCAGAUGAAAGGCACUUUAUUUCCCACGUGCUGGCCUUCUUUGCAGCUAGCGACGGCAUAGUCAACGAGAAUCUAGUCGAGAGGUUUAGCAAGGAAGUCCAGCUGACGGAGGCACGUUGCUUCUACGGCUUCCAGAUAGCGAUAGAAAACGUCCACUCUGAGAUGUACAGCUUACUAAUUGACACUUACAUCAAGGACACUGCCGAAAGGCAACGUUUGUUCAACGCCAUAGAAACCAUGCCCUGCAUCAAGAAGAAAGCGGACUGGGCUCUAAAAUGGAUCGCGGACAAGGACUCCAGCUUCGGCGAACGUUGUGUUGCCUUUGCUGCUGUCGAGGGCAUCUUCUUUUCUGGCUCCUUUGCUUCCAUCUUCUGGUUGAAGAAGAGGGGGUUGAUGCCGGGUCUCACGUUCAGCAACGAGCUCAUCAGCAGGGACGAGGGCCUGCACACAGAUUUUGCCUGCCUGAUGUUCAGCCACCUGGUGCACAAACCUUCGAAGGAAAGGGUUCUCGACAUCAUAACAGAGGCGGUCGUCAUCGAACAGGAAUUUCUGACAGACGCUCUUCCCGUUGCACUCAUCGGCAUGAACUGCGCACUCAUGAGGAAGUACAUAGAGUUUGUCGCAGACCGUUUGCUUCUCGAGCUUGGUUGUGAAAAGCAUUACAAUUCCGAAAACCCUUUUGACUUCAUGGAACACAUUUCCCUAGAAGGCAAGACAAACUUCUUCGAGAAGAAGGUUGGGGAAUACCAAAAGGCUGGUGUGAUGGCCAACAAGGAAGACCAAGUGUUCACGCUGGACGCAGACUUUUAGUUCGGCAGGUGUCCUUUUACCUUCCUUUUACCUUCCCUGCUUUACCGUUUUACGUGUGCAAUGCACAUUUUUGAGCAUCCACAUUUGGAGGCGAAUGUAAAUACACCAUCGCACAUGUGCUGAUCAUUUUUAUUGCAUUAUAUUUAUGAACGCGCAGUCAUUUCUUCGUCUGCUAUGCAGACCGAUUUGCGACUUUAGAGGAAUCAAACUGACCUUGUAAAUACAAAAUAAAGAAUUUUAAAGGUGGACUUUGUGCCUUUUUUUGUUUUUGCUCAACAAUGUGCAUGUGUUAUACAAGUCACUGUAGCAUGUGCCAGUUUACGGUCUUAAAAUGCCGGUAAAUGGCUAUUCCUUCACCUUGAAGUGUGAAAAAUGUACAUUUUUAUGCAACGAAGAGAAUAGUUCACCAGUUGUGCACAUUAGUGUUAUGUGAAUACCACACACACUCUAGCAUCUUUUCACUCAGCGAUACGUUGACUGUCCCAGUCAGGUGAACGAUGGUUGUCUCGGUCAGAGCAUUAGCUGUCAUUUCACACAAACGUGACUUAGCACGAAGCGGAAGGAUUUUUUUAUUGAAAAUGUAAACUGGUCUCAUAAGUGUGUCUCAGCAGCAGGUGUGACCCACACUUGCUAAGUUUGUCUGCUUUGCACGUUACCAAUGUUUUGGGGUUCAAAACACACACCUUUUUGCCUGUAGUGCUGACACAGACCCUUUCAGAUCUGUUCAGUUGAAGUCUUCAGGGAAAAGGAGUAUUAAAACGCUAAUUUGUGGGCUUUUCAUUAAAAAGGUCAGUUGAUGCAAACUUUCUCAAUGAAGAAAGACUGCUCCAUUGCAGAACAGGUUUAUCUGAGUAUUUUUUGUCGCAUUGUGAACAGUUGACCAUUAAAAUACAGAAAGUUG